UCUCGGCCGCGCGAUCCCUCGGGGCAGUCUUUUCUCCAGAGGACUCUUCCCUAGUGGAUGCCAAGACCUGCCUCUACUGUGACCCUUUUCCCAAUCUUUUUGUCGCUCCCACGUCCCCUUAGCCCGUGAUCUUUUCCUCCCCAGAUGGGCUUCCGGCGUCCACCCUUCUCCACUGAUUUUAUUUUUCUGUUUCCAAAUCACAUCUGUCUGCCGGCCUUGUCGAAGCUGUGCCAGAAGCGGGAAAUCUCCUCUUGGCUGGCCCGAUGGUUCCCCAAAGAACCAGCCAAGCCCGUGGUGGCACAGAAAACACCCAUCAAGUUGGAGCUUGUUGCAGGAAAAACCUACAGGUGGUGUGUAUGUGGCCGAAGCAAGAAACAACCCUUCUGCGACGGCUCCCACUUCUUCCAGCGCACCGGCCUUUCUCCGCUCAAGUUCAAAGUCCAAGAGACUCGCACAGUGGCCCUGUGUACCUGCAAGGCCACCCAGCGUCCUCCUUACUGCGAUGGUACCCACAAGAGCGAGCAGGUACAGAAAGCAGAAGUGGGCUCCCCACUCUGAAGGGUCCGUGCCUCCUGGCCCGCUGCAAGCUUCCUCUCUGUGACGGCCACAGUGCUGAGGCAUGGAGAAAGGGCUCCAAGGACCGUGGGCUGCUGUUAGCAACUGUCGCCUGAAAACCCUGUUUCUCCUGUUACACAGUUGAGAGCAGGCCUCCUGGGUCCCCUGGCAAAGCUGUCAUUAAACAGUGAGACCACC